AUGCUAAUAGUGAGGCUAGUCUCAUCAGAGAUCCCAGAAGUAAGGUUCAAGCAGCAACAUGUGGACUCAGACUACCCAGCCCUCAGUGACAAUGCCUACUGCCACCAGAUGAUGAGAAAAAAGGGUAUGACACAGGAGAGUUGCAAGCAAUUCAAUACUUUCAUACUGGAGAAUAUCUGGAAGAUCUGGGCUCUUUGUAGGACCACGAAGGCCCCAUGCAAGUACAAAUACUCUAACUACCACAGGAGCGGCACACCCUUGCAGGUUACUGAGUGCCCAUUAAAGGGCAACUCCCAGAAUCCCCAGUGCAAGUAUAAGGCUACGAAUGUCAAGAAACAUAUCAUUGUUGCCUGCUAUGGGUGGCCCCCUCUGCCUGUGCACCUUGAUUCCUCAGAGUCGUAG